AUGCACGCGUACCAACACCAACACCCACAGCACCAGCUCCCGCCGCCGCACCAGCACGCGCACUCGGCGCAUUCUCAGCAUCAGCCGCCGCCGCACCAUCAGCAGCAGCAGCAGCAGCAACAGCAACCGCCGCAGCUCCAACACCAUCCCCAGCUUCCCCCGCCGCAGCCUCACCAUCAUCAUCACCAACAACAGCAGCCGCCGCCGCCGCCGCCUCAACAACAGCAACUCCAGUCUUCGCACCACCUCCAGCACCACUCUCUCCACCAGCAGCCUCAUCAGGCCCAGCACCCGCUCCCACACCCGCACCAGCAACAACAACACCAACACCAACCUCCCAGGCCUGACGAUGGGGCCCUCCCGCCCCCCACCGCGCCCCCCACCGCGCCCGCCUCGGCCGACCAGCGCUCCCGCCCUCAGCAAAUGCCUACACCUUUCUCCAAGGUGGACGACAGCACCGGCCGGAAAUAUCAACUUGAUGUCGUACAACAACCCCGCCGCGCUCGCAUGUGCGGUUUUGGUGACAAGGACCGGCGCCCCAUCACUCCGCCACCAUGUGUCCGUCUCGUCAUCACUGACAUGGCCACGGGCAAGGAAAUUGACUGCAACGACAUUGACCACGCUAUGUUCGUUCUCAAUGUUGAUCUCUGGAACGAGGAUGGCACCCAGGAGGUAAACCUUGUCCGAUCAUCGACCGGAACUCCGUCCAUCUCGUCCACGACCCCCUACUCAUACACCACGCUCAAUGGGGGCGACUCCAACCCCGUCCAAUACCAGCAGCAAACCCUGCCUCCGAGUCGCGACCCGGCGUAUCCCCAGUCUUCUAACGCGCCCUAUGCACAAGACUACCCCGUACAACAGCAAGGAUACACCCCAGUGUCUUCGACGUAUCCUCAGAAUGGCUCGUUCGGACCUGCACAGCAGUACUACCCGCAGCAUAAUUACCGGGCGGACCCUCCGCCAGUACCGACUCAAUCCAGCAUGGCCCAGUACCGGAACGGAUCGCAGUCUGGAUAUGUGCAAGAUCAAAACGCACUCACCAGGAUGGCUGUUGUGGGAGGCCAACCCCAAGGGAUGUUUACGAGGAACCUCAUUGGUAGCCUGGCAGCCAGCGCGUUUCGUCUGAGCGAUAUCUACGACCAUAUUGGUAUUUGGUUUGUACUCCAGGAUCUUAGCGUGCGAACGGAAGGACCGUUUCGAUUGAAGUUCUCUUUCGUCAAUGUCGGACCUGUAGGCGGACCUAGCCGGGACGGGAAUGGUCCCAAGGUUAAUCAGGGCAAGGCACUAAUUCUGGCAUCUUGCUUCAGUGAGGUGUUCAAUGUGUACUCGGCCAAGAAGUUCCCUGGCGUGUGCGAGAGCACCCCCCUGAGCAAAACUUUUGCGACACAGGGCAUCAAGAUUCCGAUCCGCAAGGACUCCAACGUGAAGGGAGGAGAUGGCGCAGACGACGAAUACGACUAA